UUGGACUCUCGUUUUGUUAUAAAAAGAGAGCAUUCAAAGGGGUUUUUGAUAAAAUCUUCAAAAAAAUAUAAUAUGGAGCCCGACGUGGUGGAGAUCGCUCCUCCUCUGUUCCCUUCCGGUUCAAGAACUCGUAAACCCAGAAAGGCUGUGAUUCCUGAAGUGAUCGAUGUGGAGCAAUACGAGUUCCGCAGUGGUGGUGUUGUUAACAACAACAAUAAUGGUGUUAUAGAUGUGAAGAACAAAGGGAAAGCUAUACAAGAUGGGUCCUUUUAUGAUUAUAACCUCUUUAAUCAUGUCGAUAAUGGAAUGAUGCCUGUUGACAUUGACGACUACUCCAUGUUUCAAGCCGUUCUAAACUCUCAGGACUUCCCAACCGAUGUAGAAGUGUUCAUGUCCACUACUCAGCCUUGGGGGUUUCCAAAUUCGAAGGGAAGUAGAAGCAGCUCGACGGAAGCUGUUUGGAACACAUCUAUGGAGACUCCUCAGUCAUGGGAUUUCUUCUCUGGUUUGGCUUUCCCUCAAACUAGCAGCUACUCUUCGGUUUCAUCAUCCACUAUGGUUCUACCUCAGGCUCCUGAUAUAGUGAUGGUGCCAGCUCCUCCUCCUUCAAGAUCUUUUAAACUUGAUGGUUCUGGUAGCUCUUCCAAGACUCUAGCGGCUGAGGUUGUUCCUUCAGCUCAGGCUGACUUUCUGAAGAGCUUCAAAAGGUUUGAAACUGUUGAAGACUUCUCAGACCAUCACUAUGCUUCUAAGGGGAAAGCUUCAAAGCAGCACUCAAAGAAUUGGGUGAAGAAGGUUCAAGCAGAUUGGCAGAUUCUUGAGAAUGAUUUGCCAGAGACUAUAUUUGUGAGAGCCUGUGAAUCAAGAAUGGAUCUUUUGAGAGCUGUGAUUAUUGGAGCAGAAGGAACUCCAUACCAUGACGGUCUUUUCUUUUUCGAUAUUCAGUUCCCUGAUAGCUAUCCUUCAGCACCACCAAAAGUUCAUUACCAUUCUGGUGGGCUUAGAAUCAACCCUAAUCUAUACAACUGUGGUAAAGUAUGUUUGAGUCUUCUCGGUACAUGGACUGGUAACUCAAGGGAGAAAUGGCUCCCAAAGGAGUCCACAAUGUUACAGCUUCUUGUCUCAAUCCAAGCUCUCAUCUUGAAUCAAAAACCAUACUUCAACGAACCUGGCUACGAGAUGACCAUGGGGACUCCAUCAGGCGAGGCUCAUUCCAAAGUUUACAGUGAGAACGUGUUCAUAUUGUCGUUGAGGACCAUGGUUUACAGCAUGAGAAACCCACCCAAGCACUUUGAAGAGUUUGUUCGUAGCCAUUACUUUGUGAGGGCACUUGACAUAGUGAAAGCGUGCAAUGCUUAUAAAGACGGAGCUCCCGUUGCUUCUAUAGUGAAAGGUGGCGUCCAAGACAUUGAAGAGACUAGUGAGAGCGGUUCCAAGAAGUUUAGGAACGAUGUGGCUGCCUUUAUGAAGACAGUUGUGGAUGGACUCGUUAAGUUAGGAGUGAAGGAGCUUGAAGAAAAGCCCAAACCACUUCCUGAGAACAAUGCUAACGCAGAGAGUAUCAAAGGAAACCGUAAGAGAAGCAGAUCAGUUAGGUGAGCCAAAGCCACCAUUUUGUUUCUCAUGUGUUUCUAAUAAAUAAUAAUUUGGAAGUAGAGGGAAAUAGGAAAAGUAAUUUUUGUUGUUUUCCCCAUAUUUGUGAUAAUUUAUGUUAUGAUGAAUAUUAUUGAGAA